AUGCUGUUCCUCAUUCUUUCCGUUGCUGCGCUGCUUUUCUCUAAUACUGUUUUUGCACUCACAGUUCAGAGCACAGUUCUCGUUCUUGCAACAAAUAUCACAGCUUCCUACUCAGCCACCUCUGGCUUAGACGCCUAUGGAAUCCCAUUUACACUCGUUACGGUGCCUUCCAACGGCACCACCCUCCCAGAACUUGCCACAGCCGGUAAGGGAAAUUUUGGAGGAAUUAUUGUCUUAAGCGAAGUUUCAUACGAAUACGCCGCUGGUUAUGCCAGCGCUCUCACCCAGGCUCAAUGGACGUCGCUCUUCGACUACCAGACUUCGUUCGGUGUCCGCAUGGUCCGCGUGGACGUAUACCCAGGGGAGCAGUUUGGUGUCUUGCCUUACAACACGAAUCAACCCGGAUGCUGUGCUACUGGAAUGGAGCAAUUGGUUUACAUCACCAACUCAAGUUCAUUCUCCCAGGCUGUGACCACUCAGGGGCUUUACCACUACCCAGCGAGCAUCACCAACUCCUCGCUUGCGACCGAGAUUGCCGGGUUCGGCAAGAACUCGCUCUUUGAGUCGGAGACGACCGCUGCAGUUAUUAACAACAUCGGCGGGAGGGAGCAGAUGGUUUGGUUCAUCAGCUGGGCUGCUGACUGGUCUGCAACUUCCGUCUACCUCCAGCAUGCAUACAUUACAUGGAUGACCAGGGGACUUUACGUCGGCUUCCGCAGGGUUUACUUCAGCACCCAAGUUGACGAUAUGUUGCUUGAAACUACCCUAUACUCUCCUGAAGACACCGACUUUCGCAUUACCCCCGCCGAUCUUCAGGACCACAUCGCCUGGACGGCAGAUAUUAACAGCCGACUCCCUGCUGGCAGCGUUUACUUCUUGGAAGUGGGCCACAACGGUAAUGGCAACAUCGAGGCUUCCCUCACUAAUGACACAUCGGGAAUAUGCAAUCCUGCCACUGCGAUUGAGUACGAUGAGCAAAUCGACACUCCGCUGGAAUUCCAAAAGGUUUUGGGAACGGGUGAAGAUAUCUGGCCAGCAACCCCAACUUCUUUCGCCUGGUCUUUAGAGUGUGCCAAGCUCGAUGACCUAACCCUUUGGUGGAUGGAACCAAGUAAUCGUGAUGCCUAUGCGCAUGUCUCCCACACUUUCACCCACGCGGGCCUCAACAAUGCCACUUAUGCCGACGUUUCGAAAGAAAUCUCGUUCAACCAGGCAUGGCUUGAACUAACCGGCAUUAGCACCGACGCCCUGCGCUAUUCGCCCAGCGGUCUCAUUCCACCUGCUAUUACUGGCUUGCACAAUGGAGAUGCCCUUCGCGCUUUCAGCGACAACGGCAUUUCCCACGUGGUUGGUGACAAUACUCGACCCAGUUUGAUGAACACCGGCCAUGAGCACUGGCCUCUGAUCUCCACCGUGGAGCAUAACGGCUUUGCCGGUUUCCAAAUCACGCCUCGCUGGGCCACCACCAUCUACUACAACUGCGACUUACCGGCCUGCACCGUUCUCGAAUGGGUGGAAACUUCUGGGGGGGUUGGCGACAUGGACGCCCUCCUCGCCCAGGCAGUGGCCGUCAAUUCCCAGCACCUCCUCAGUCUCCAUCACGAUCCCUACAUGUUCCACCAGGCCAACCUGCGCAGCGCCGACGUCAAUGAGACGACCAUCAACGGCGUCACGGCCCGCUGGUCCCUGAUCCAGAUGUGGGUCGAGGUUGUCACGCACGAGAUGACCCGCCUGGUCGAAUGGCCGCUCGUCACCCUCACGCACGACGAGAUCGCCACCUCCUUCGCCAACCGCAUGGCGCGCGACCUCUGCGCCCCCCAGCUCGCCUGGAUCUACAGCAGCGGCUCCCUCAACGCCACCCGGUCCAUCACGGGCGUGACCGUCACAACCACCAACGAAUGCGACGUGGAGAUCCCCGUCACGUUCCCCGGCCCCGUGCUCUCGACGAACGGAGGCCGCGCCGAGCAGCUGGGCUCAGACCCGCUGACCGUCUGGCUGAACCUCACGGGCGAGCCCGUUUCGUUCACGUUGGCAACGCCCAUCCUUAUCUAA